GUACUAACACGAGCGUGUUACCAUGCCGAUGAAGCGUGAAGAGGAGAGUCGCCACCGUAUAACACUUGAACGAGCAGAUGGGUAGGACCCGACCCGAAAGGCAGGUGGAGGGCUUCAGGGGCUACGUGGAUGGUGUUGGCGCCACUUAAUUUAUUAAAUUAUUAUUAUAAUGAAAAUAAAUAGAAUAAAAUUCGAGUAGAUUCGUGUCUUAUCCACGUCAUCUGCCUGGAGUCCUCUUAUCACCGAUAACGUUUUCAUCAUCUCAUUCAUUACCCAAUCAAUGGACACUCUCAUCGCAUCAUCCUCUUCUUCCACUCCCGCCAUUUCCCGCCGUCCGCUGGUCUGUUCAUCCAAUUCAUGCUUCCACUCCGUUACGACGUCGUUCUGCCGAAAACCUUCAUUCAGAAAACUCACUCACUCGUUCCAAAACUCACCUUCAUCAUCCUCCUCCUUCACCGUCAAAUUCGCGAUCAAAUGCGGAGUCACAGAGAUUAACGAGAGUCAAUUUCCGGACGUCGUCUUGAAAUCCGAUCGUCCUGUUCUUGUUGAGUUUGUUGCUGGCUGGUGCGGUCCUUGCCGGUUAGUCGCUCCUGCCAUUGAAUCAUUAUCAAAGGAAUAUGAGGAUAAACUAUUGGUUGUGAAGAUCGAUCACGACGCAAAUCCAAAAUUAAUUGAAGAGUACAAGGUGUACGGAUUGCCUGCAUUGAUUAUGUUCAAAGAUGGUAAAGAAAUUGCGGAAAGCAGAAGAGAAGGAGCGAUUACAAAAGCGAAAUUGAAGGAUUACAUUGAUGCAUUACUGCAAUCGAUAUCGGUUGCUUAACUGCGAGAAUUAGUAGCUGUUUUUUGUUACCAAUAAUAUAUGAUCAAGUGACUUGUAAUUUAUGUGCAGCAGGAGAAUUAUGUACAACUGUAUGAAGUCUUCAAUUCUCUUGCUCAUUUUUUGUUUACAUACGUACAGUGAUUCAGUUAGAGGUGUUGAUGGUAAACCGGCUGAACCGAUUAUUGGUUUGGCUUAUCGAACAAUUUUCUUUAAACCGGAAUGAACGGUUUGGUUUGGGGACAGUCCUCUUCACUGUAGUAAUAUAACAAAUGUAUUCAGUUUACUUAA